AUGGGGCAAUUGCUGGCGACUUUGGAAGGACACCACACGGAGACGAGCGCCGCUGCGGUGUCGGAUUUGCCAGUCGGGUACAAGAGCGUUGCGCCAGCCACAACGACCACAAUGGUGAUGAUACCAUCUCUACCCGUGCUGGCUGCAGUCACCCCGGUCGAUUGCAGCCUGCACCCAGGCCAGCCGUGCGUCAAAAUGUGGAAAUGUAAGAUGAAGCGCAAGGGCGCCAGAAGGGUCAAGGGCGUGCUACACGCCUUUCCCACGUCCGUCUGCUUCCACCCGCGUGGCUCCUCCGCCUCUUCAAUCACUCACAUAGACCUGGCCGGCGUCGAUGACGUCGGCAUCACGACGAGGCACACCAAGUACUGCGUGUUCCUGCUCACGUCGAUGGGCCGGACCUUCUUCCGGGGAAUGUCGUCGGCCGACGUGGAGGACUGCCACCUGGUGCUCUCCACCCUGUGGGCCGGCCUGCGCGGCCACCUGCCUGCUGCGACGCUGGCGCGGGCCGCGCCGCAGCCAGCCCCGACCUAUCAACGGACGCCAUCGGACGAUCUCAACAAGCUGCAGGAGGUGGGCCGGCUGGAGCGCGAGUACGGGAUGCGAGCCCACCCGGAGCUGCCCGAGGCCAUGGCCGCCAUCUUUCUCCGGGCCAAGCAGACCACUGACCUUCUCCGCGCCUACGGCCUCUCGCCCAAUGUGCCAGCAACGGUUAACAAGACGGACACUAUGCUUCCGGUGAGCAUGAGCUCGUUCUGGCAAGCGUUCACGUCGCAGCGAUGGCAAGACUGGCCCAACGUCUUCAUGCCGAUCGGUCACUGGCGAGCAAAGGUGGGCGAGUGGCGGGUCGACAGCGUGGGCCUCUCUCGUCAAGUCGCCUUCACCUCCAAACCACCCAGGAAGGGCGUGAUAGAGGAGGCCCUGACUGAGACCAUCUCCACCAUGCAGCUGGCCUGCCUAGUGGUCAACAGGAAGAGCCUGGAGACCCGAAUCCACAUCGCCGUGGUGAGGCUCGAGUACCCCAAGGCCAAGGAGUGGUUUGAGCUGGUGGACAUCAGUCGCGACAAGGGCUUCCCGCUCCUCCAGGUGCUUGACUACAGAUGGCACGAGGACGCACCCACACCACUCCACUCCGCCUCCUCCUCCUGA